CAAUACCAAAAUAAAAUGGAAGAAGUAGUUCGUGACAGGCCUGAUAAGGAUCCAGGCGAAGUCGGUGGGCCAAGCAUGGAGAAGGUACAAAUUGAAGACACUUAUCCAGCAAGUCAUUGUCACCUUUGUCACGAAAUAGGGGAAUCGGUACCUGCAUCAUUGGUGUGUAAAGAAGAACAGAUAUACCUUUGUAAUCCAUGUGGAAAGCGUCAUCAAUUUCAAAGGUCAACCAAGUCUCAUACUGUCACUGACAUUGAAGAAUAUAAGAAGUUAUUUUGCGAAAUUUGUGAAUGUCUGAAUGAAAAGGUUCCAGCCUACGCGUUCUGUGAAACAUGCGAAGAUCCAGAAUAUUUUUGCCUGCCUUGCUCAAAAAGACAUAUAGCAUCUGAGAUAUUUAAAAGUCAUUCCAUCUGCACCAACCUGGAUAAGUUGUACACAAAAUUUGCACAGGUUACACAAAAUAACAUAGAUAGAGAUGCUAAAACAUUCAAUUGUACUCUUUGCACUGAUAUCGGAGAAUACCGAACUGCAUCCUGCUUCUGUACUUCUUGUAAGAUACCUGAACCAUUGUGUGAUGUAUGCGGUCGACAUCACAUUAGACAGAAAAUUUUCCGUGACCAUUCAUUGUCCCCUGAUAUGGAAGCUUUUGCUUCUAUUCUAAAAAGCAAUAACAUUAACUGCGAGAUGUGUCUACUUGAUGGCGAGCACAAGCGUGCUACUUCUUUCUGUCUGACUUGCAAAGAAAUAGAAGCACUUUGCGAAGACUGUGCAGCUCAACAUCUUAGACAAAAGUUAUUCAGAAAUCACAUGAUCAGCAAAGAUAUAGCAAAUUUGCCCAAAAACGAUGAACUUUUUUGCAAGCCUUGUACAACUGAAGGGGGUAAAACUCAAGCCGAUUCAUUUUGUAAAGACUGCGAUGAGCCAGAACCUUUGUGCAGGGAGUGCGCACGUCAACACAUCAAGCAGCGACAAUUCAGACACCAUUCAAUUUGUGACGAUAUAAGUCAAAUUUCAAUAUGUACAAUAGGUAAUUCUUCUGUUCUUUGCGCAGUAUGUAAGGAAGAAGGCAUAGAUACUAAGGCCAAUUGCUUUUGUCAUGAUUGCGAUGACCAAGAACCUUUGUGCUCUGAGUGUGGCAGACAGCAUAUGCGACAGAAGAUUUUUCGAGGACAUAAACUCUGUAAAGAUUUAUCACUUCUACUAAACAUAGGAAAGGAGCAGGUUUUUUGUGAUGUAUGCAAGAUAGAUGGAAAAGACGUACUAGCUGAUGCAUAUUGCACAGAUUGUUCAGAUCUCCAGCCAUUGUGUAAUGAUUGCGCUGGUCAUCACAUCAAACAAAAGCAAUUCCGAAAUCAUAAAAUUGAUACGGAUAUUUCUGGCUUUAUUAAACUUCAAAAUCGAGAUGAUGUGUCAUGCGAUAUUUGUAAGAUCGAUGAAAAUCAUGCAAAAGCUAUGAAGUAUUGCCAUGAUUGUGAUGAGCACCUGUGUAAAAAUUGCGUAGAAAUACAUCUGAAAUUCAGUCGUGAGCAUGAAAUCACUGAUAAUUUUGGCAACAGCUUUCUGUGUGAGCCUUGUAAAAGAGAAAAUAAAAGUUUAUCAGCGGAUUUUUUUUGUGAAAAUUGCGAGGAACCUAUGUGCAAAACAUGUUCAGAACAGCAUCUGAAACAGAAACCAUUUAGAGGCCAUGUUAUUUCCUCGAAUAUGCUCAAAUAUUCCAAACCUAAAUUGGAAGGAGAAAAUGUUGAUGGUCCUUCACAAGUACUGGAAAAAAGAGAAGUUCCAGAGAAAAGCAAAGAACAUGUCGAAACAAAGAAAAGGAUACGGGGUAAACCAUGUGUAUUGUAUGUGAAGUCUGAUUCUGUGGAGCUGUAUUGGGAGACUUUAGAGGAGGAAAUAGAUUAUUAUCAAAUAAGAUAUAAAAGUCUAAACAUAAAUGAUAAAUGGAAGUUUUGCAGUACAAAUGACACAACGAACAGAUUUACUGUAAGUGGGCUUAUGGCAAAUACCCCAUAUGUAUUCCAAGUCAGAAGUGUUGCCAAUGACGUGGAAGGAGUUUACAGUGAACAAAGUGAUCCCAUCAAUACACUCAGAUCCUUAGCAACAAAAAUGCUACGUUUUUCUAUCAAAAUUAAAAGUACGGAUCCCGUAAUGUACCAAUUAGUAGCCGAGGAAAAUAGAGAGGCCUGUAAUCUCCGUGCAAAGACAAGGCAUCUUACUUUAGGAAACCCUUCAAUUGGAAUUGAAUAUGAAAGAACAAUUAUGCUUGUUGGUGAGAAAGGAUCGGGAAAGAGCACACUGGUGGACAGUUUUAUGAAUUAUAUAUUGGGUGUCAGUUUUGAAGACCCUUUCCGAUUCACCCUGGUCAAAGUAGAUCAUGAAGAAAAAAAGACUGAAAAUCACGCAGAGUGUCCAGCAGAAUGGAUCACCAUAUACAAGAUCGACCCACAAGAAGGAAGUCGGUUGGACUACACUCUCAACAUCAUAGACAUACCAGGAUUCGGAGAUACACGUAAAAUCCAGAAGAACAAGGCAAUUGUUGAUCAAAUAAGUCAUUUAUUUUCAACUGAAGGCAAACAAGGCGUAUCAUUCAUAGAUGCUGUUUGUUUUAUUGUCAAAGCCCCUGACACGCGUCUUACAGCUACCCAGACAAAUAUAUUUUAUUCGAUAAUGUCUCUUCUUGGAAAAGAUAUUGAAUCAAAUAUUUGUACACUGAUAACAUUUUCCGACGGAGCAGAGCCUCCAGUUCUCUCCUGUCUAAAAGCAGCCGAUCUACCCUUUCGGUUCUGGUUUCCUUUCAAUAAUUCUGCUUUAUUCGCAAGCAAUAAGAAUUUGCAAAACGCUUCUCUUUCCCCUAAUUUUUGGGAGUUGUGUUAUAAAAGUCUUCAAGAUUUCUUUCAAAACCUGAAAUUAUUUACACCAAAGAGCCUUGUGUUAACCAAAGAAGUUCUUAAACAAAGGGAGCACCUGCAGGCUAUUUUAGCAAAUGUUGAACCCAAGGUUAAAGCAGGUCUAUCAAAAAUUAAUGAAUUACAAAAUACAUUAACGCUUUUCAAAAAGCAUCUGAAUGAAAUCGAAAGUAACCGGGAUUUUACAUAUGAAGCAGAAUAUACAAAGCAGAUAAAGCUUGAUCUGCCCCCAGGGCAGCAUGUUACCAAUUGUCUCAUUUGUAACAUGUCUUGCCAUGAUAAUUGUGAAUUUGCCGAUGAUGACCAGAAAAUUCGUUGCUCUGCAAUGGAUUCUAAAGGUAAUUGCAAGGUCUGUAGCGGCAAGUGCCACUGGAAACAGCACAAAAACGGAAAAUAUAUUUUUAAAUAUGUUACCGAGAAAAAAAUAGAAACUUAUCGAGAAAAGAAAGAACGUUACGAAAGGGCAAUAGGAGAGAAAAUGACAAAUGAAAAAUAUCUAAAGGAAAUUGAAGAUGACAUAGAUAGUCUUUUUGAUUCGACAAGAGAAAUGAUGAAUGAAAUGGAGUUGUGCAAAAAUAGGUUGAAAGAAAUUGCUUUAAGACCUGGUCUUUUUUCAGCUGUUGAAGAAAUUGACCAAAUGAUACAAGCUGAAGAAACUAAAAAGCAAGUAGGGUAUGAAAAAAGAAUAAAGAUGCUGAAUGAAUUCAAAACAUUUCUUCAAAUUGAUAAGAGUGUGGAAAGCUUUCAAAAGACUGUACAAAAAGUUAAAGAUGAUUUUUCGAAAACAACUGGUAGGAAAAGGGAGCGAAAAACUUGUGCGCAAUCUGGAUUUGAGAGAUUUAAAUACAUUUUCUCAUGA